UCUGGUGCAGGCUGCUCCAUCAAAAUCCUCUCGGAAUACACGAGUGCGCUCAUCGACACCACAUUGUUGUUGUUGCUGCUGCUGCUGCUGGUGUUGCUGCUGUGUGCGUACACGUGAUCUGGAGAGUGGCUCCAGCUCGAGAAUUUCAUCGGGCUGGGCUGGUCCGCUGCAUCAAAAUCCUCUCGAAAUACACGAGUGCACGACCAGCAGUAGAAGUGUGUGCGAUUGUCGCAUCAUCAUCAUGCAUCAUGAGGGCCGGAGGAUGGACUGCUCGAAUCGACAUCGGUGCCCGACGAAAUAACCACAGCUGCAGAGUGACAGUCGACUUUUAGCUCAAGAAGGAAGACUUUAGCAACUCUUCGAUCUCCCUCCUUCUUCCUUGUAAUCCGUUCGUCCGUUCCUUAGCCUUGCCCAGCGGAUCGAUUGCGAGCUUCGAGGAGAUCCUUCAUAGAAAUGACGCCGCCCUGUGCAGAACGUCCGAGCACAGCGCAGGUCGUCGAUUUAGAUGUCGAUGUUCCUCCCCGAGUGGUGGAGGAGCCUUCGGGCGCCAGUGGAAGCGGAGAGAGCAAGCAAGAGGGAGAGGGAGAAGAAAAGGUCAGGGAUGACGAUGCGGAACGACCAGUCGACGAAAUCGAGGUCCUCGAGAUCUUCGAGGACCUCGAGCCAGUGGUUCCCGUUCCAAUUUCAACUCUAGACUCAAUGUCGGGUGUCUGGCAUGGUUUCUUCGGUGCCCGUGAACAAGCAGGAGAUGAUGCGGCUGGCGGCGCCUCUCGUUCGUACGUAGCACCUCCGAGAGCGAGUGAUGGAUUUCAAUCGAGUCCGCUGCACGACAUUGCUACCAGCAAAACUCUCGAGACGAUCCACCUGAAUGUGAACAUGUUGCCGGCCGGAGGGAAGGAGGCCAGAGCGCUACUGAGCUCGCUCAUGUCCGAUCCUGCUUUACAGAUGCUAGAGAUUGAGGGCGAGUGGAAGUCAGCGGGAUCAUUCAUGGCCGAGGGAUUGUGGAAGGUGAUCAGGUGUGCUCCCAAGCUCGAGGAGAUCCAUCUUCUCCGGCUCGGCGAGCUAGAUGCGCAGGACGUGAAGGGCUGGGCGGACGCUUUGGUGAACUGCACUCGGAGUUUGAAAGUGCUCGUGCUCGGAGAAUUGGAGGAAGGACACAUGCAGUUCCUGAUGAUGGCAUUCACCGGAGAAUUCUGCAAUCAAACGAUUCGCACGCUUUACUUCUACGCUCAGAGCGGCUGCAUUCCCGAAUCAUUCGAAGAUCGUCUCCCGAAACUGGUGUCCGCGAAUCGAUCACUGAAACGGAUUUGCAUCGACGAGUGGACGCUGGAGCAAACGUCCGUGGGCCUGUGGGACGACGUCGGCCACUCUUUGCAUUCGAACACGUUCAUCGAGUACCUCGAAAUAGUAAUCUCGACGAAGCGACAAUUAGAGGAGAAAGCUCGAGCAUUGCUGACUGCGGCGAAUCAGAAAUCAAAACCUGUCAUCAAAAUUCUGAUACCUCUGAAAUCGAGGCACUGGGCCAACGAAGCGUCGUGGAAAAGUCUGGCGAAACUCUUGGCCGAGUGCAACUCUGUGAAAUCACUCAGGCUGCACUUUCUGAGGCCAAUGUCGAUCCACAGCAGGAUACUCGACGUAUUACGGGAUAAUUUAUCGACCCUGCAGGAGCUGGAGUUGGUGGACGUAAGGGACCAGGAUGCAGGAAGCUGGAAGCGGUUCUUUCAUUCUCUGCGCUACAACACCAGCCUCACACACAUGCGGUUCAGGAAUAUCGUUGGCCUCGAUGAUGAAUCAUUCCGGGAACUUAUGGAACUGCUGAAAGCCAACUCGACUCUGAGAACGAUCGACUGUGACGGCACGAAGUGGAAAGCUGAUGGCAAAGGGGCUCUCAUCGACGAGCUUCUGAGGAAUAAUGUCCAAAGGGAGUCAUACCUUUCUGUUCUGAAGAAAGCCAAGUUGAAGUUUGACGAUGCCAGGGCUGCCCGUUUGCUGCUCUGUGGAUCCUCGAAUGCAGGCAAAACCAGGUUGAAGACCACGAUGAUGCGGGCUCGCAACAAACGCUGGCUGGAAACAGACAACUACAAGACAUGCAAGACCCUGGGCAUCGAAGUGGAGUUUCUGCAGAAUGAUGAGGACAUGCAGAUUGCAAUUUGGGAUUUAGCGGGCCAGAAGAAGUUUCGUAUCGUGCAGGAGGUGCUGUUCCCGAAAGCAGAUCAACCUUGCAUCUUCCUCUUCGUGUUCAGUCCCUUCAAUAACGUGAAGAAGAAUGCAACAUCUGAUCCCCAGGGACAACUGCGCGCAGAGCUACAAGAGUGGUUGCGUUUCGUGGCGUCGAACUCUUGCAAUGGAACGGUUCUUCCACGGAUGAUGGUGGUGUUCACGCAUCAGGACAAAGUCAAGAAACCCACAACCGAGUGGGCUCUCACCAUCGUCCAGGAAAUGCAGGAGGAGUUUCGAGGGCUGGUGGAUCUCAUCAUCGAUCCGAUUUUCUACAUCAACGCCAACAAGAAGAAGCACGUUCUGCCUCUCCUCGACAAAAUUCUUACCUCUUUCAAGGACUUGUUACACGAGAGGUCUGACAUCGUGCCCCAAAUCUGCUCCCAGCUCACCUCCAUUCUAGCAUGCCCUGGGGAUAACAUCCAGAGUAAUCCCAUAUGGAGCCGCGAGACAUUCUAUGAGUUCUGUUUCAAGAGAGUAGAACCCUUCAACUUCUUCAGGAAAAUAAAUCCACCCACGAGAGAGAUUUGGGAUGCUAUAGCAUCGUAUUUACAUGAUGUCGGCAGCAUCAUUUUGAUCUCGGAAGCUGAUCUCGUGGUUGUGUAUCCCAAUUGGCUCUCACGCCACUUCCUGGGAUCUCUCAUCAAACUCGGUCAUUCCUUGCCUGCCAACCGCAAAGCUUAUCAUGCCUUGACAAGAACUGCUUCCCUUAGAUCAUGCAAUUUGGCCGAGAGAGAUUUAGAAACGCUUCUACAUUCUUUCAUCAGCAAGCCCAGCUGUAUAUCCUGUUUCAAUGGAUUCGAAAAUCUGGAAACCUUGAAAUUACUUCUCCUGCGGCUAGGUCUAUGUUACAGAACGGUAGAUGGAGGUGAACCCCAUGUUGCCCGCUAUUUUAUGCCCAGCAUAGUCCAGGAAGGUCCACAACCCAACACUAACCUUCUCCGAUGGGAAGCCGAGGCAAAGGAUGAGGAUCUGCACAAUUACAUUGGCUUUCGACUUCUGUGCAAAGAUUUCAGGAGAACAUCGCUGACUUCAACUCUUUUUACGAGAUUACAGAUCGACUUGCGCAACAAAUUGACAGCCAACUCUACAUUCACAGCGGAGGUGAAGUCGUAUCAAGGAUACAGCAAGUUUUUCAUAGACGGGCAUGAGAUCAUCCUGGAGAAGUCGGUCGACGGAAGUCAUGUGGACACUUUAAUCAGAGGCUCGCGGAUGAAGAAGAGAAAGGAGACAGUCCAGUUCAUAAUGAAGCACAUCAUUGAUGAGAUUCAAGCAUUUUGUGCUUCCCCGCAAGGCUGUCCAGGGGUGAACUUCGCCCUCUCUGUACUUAGUUCAAGGAGCGUGCAGCUUCUGAUUCCAUGUGAGCACAGGAAUGACAAACAUGUGAUCCCGGUGGACCUUCUGAGACAACACCUGCAGCGCAAUGCCGAGGCCCAGUUGGAGGAAGAUGAUUUUGCAGAUGAGAGGAAGCUGUUAAGGUAUGAACAUGUUUGGCCUGAAGUAGCUGAUCUCAAUCUUCCACGCUACUCGCAGCCAGCGGAAGAUCUUCUUCCAAAUUGGGAGAGUGAAGUCGCGAGCAUUUUAGGAGACAUAAAAGGUAGAUGGAUGAAGCGUCUACAAAAUCUUGGUAGAAUCAUGGCAGAAAUGAGAGCAGAAGUGGACCACUACAAGGACGAGCGCACAGCACAAGGUCUACUGGCUCUAAUGGUUGGUGAAGCAAGUUCAGCCUGUGAGUCAAUACCGCAUCCUCCCACAGCUUCUCCUUCAGCAACACUUGCAUGUGAGAGGCAAAUCCAACAACCAGAGCUACUACUGCUUGACAAAUUGCAUGAUUUUAAGCCGGAGGCAAUCCUCGGCAACACAUUCAGCGGAGAUAGAGGAGUUCCAACAUCCGAGGAGACGCUCCAUGAUAUCAUUCGCAUGCAACACACACUGAACUCAAACUUGAUCACAUUUCAGUCCACGAUUGAGGAGCUGACAGGAUACUUCCAGUCCUUGGAGCAGGCAAGGACACCCAAGUUUCCGUUUUUGAGUUCGAAGGGUGAAAUUUUCUUGCAUGGGAUGCACAGGUUUGGAGCUACACACAUCGGCACUCCUGUGCGCCUGCAUUUCAUGUGUGAAUCCAUGCCGAAACCCCAUGCUGUGGAGGGCCAACGAGGUUUGGAGAUGGUAGUGGAGAUGAAGAACUUCGAAUACUUGAGAAAACUGUCCAUCAUUUCCACCAAAAUCGUAUGUUAUAAUUUAAAAGCAGGCUUGAAAAUCUAUGUCCGCUCGAGGCCACGCGUCUCACGGACCUCCACGGACCUCACCACAUUUGAAAAUAGGAUGCCUUCGUUCAUCAAUAAAGUUUUGGAGGAAGAUUUUAGACUAGACGAACAGAUAACAUCGUUGGAGAAAACUGAAGUUUGGCUGUGGUUAAGAGAUUUGCUUGAGUCCGAGCUGAAACAAAGCUACGCAAAUCCUUUUAAUCUCUAUAGAGUCCGAUACUCCAAACCAAAUAACGGUGGUUGUGCUUGGCUAUGCGACAAGUGCAUGUUUAGAGAGAUUAGAGAAGGCAAGUUGGAUCCAUUCCCAAUGGGCUAGAGCUGGCGCGUUGGAUUUAGUAGACUCAUUCAUUGAUUGGAGUACCCGGAAAGUUGGUGUGGUAUGCAGCAAAGUAAACAUAUUAUCAGUCUGUAGUAUGUAGGACUAUUAGACCGACCCCUCCAAGCUGCUUGGGUGCUUUGAAUUGCACAUAUGUGUACGUGUAUAUAUAAACUGUAUAGAUCGAUCGAGCUAAUAUCGAAUUCUUUAGACGCCCGCUGGAGUCUACAGACUACCGGUGGAGUCUCCAGCUGUGCUAUUGCAACUGGUAGUCCCUUGUAAAGCCUUGAAGAUUUGUUCCACAUUCUUCGCGCAAACUGCACAAGAUUCGUUUUCAGGUUGGAUUAAUUUUGUUGGUUGGUGUAGAGUUGUCAUCAGUAUAGCACAGAUUGUCCUGCU